CUGUCAGGUUUCUAUACACGCCUCAUCUCUGCUCCAUACAAUAUCAUUGAUCAACUUUGUUGUCAGAUAAUGAAUUUCAGAUGACUUCAUCUUUCUAUUCUUUUUUCUUCUGAAAUCAUCAUAUUUGGUACUCAAUUGCUCUAUUUGCUAUUUGUUUAUCUCUAUAUCUGGAGCACACCCCAUUUUUUAUCAAACACUAAUCUCUCAUAUUUUUUGUUCUCUGGAGAUUCUUGGGUUGAUCAUAGGAGUUAAACUCUGGGGAGCCAUAAGCAGAGAGAAAAAAAGGACUUGGUACCUGAACCAACAUAUAAAAGAUGGCUGUCACUAAGGUCUACAUUGUGUAUUACUCUAUGUAUGGACACGUGGACACCAUGGCAAGAGAAGUGCUGAGAGGGGCUUCCGCAGUUGAAGGUGUUGAAGCAACACUCUGGCGGGUACCUGAGAUGCUUUCUGACCUAAUUUUGAAAAAGUUGAAAGCCCCUUCUAAACCAAAUGAUGUACCAGACAUAAGGCCAGAACAACUUGUGGAGGCUGAUGGUUUGAUAUUUGGUUUUCCUUCUCGUUUUGGCAUGAUGCCAAGCCAGCUGAAGGCCUUCUUUGAUGCCACUAGUGGGCUAUGGGCAUCUCAAGCACUGGCUGGCAAACCUGCUGGAAUCUUCUGGAGUACUGGUUUUUAUGGCGGAGGCCAAGAACUGUCAGCAUUGACAGCAAUAACUCAAUUAGCUCAUCAUGGUAUGCUUUUUGUUCCUCUUGGAUAUACUUUUGGAAGAGGCAUGUUUGAGAUGGAUGAAGUAAAAGGAGGUUCCGCUUAUGGGGCUGGAACUUUUGCAGGAGAUGGAUCUCGUCAACCUACUGAACUAGAACUGCAGCAGGCCUUUUACCAGGGUAAAUACCUUGCUGAAGUCACAAAAAAGCUAAAAGGCUAACUGUGAACAGGCUUGAGGUUGGUUUUACCGAUAGACAUGAUAGAAAGGUCUCAUGUUGCUCUUCUUUUUCUUGGUUAUGUGGCUGCAAGAAUGUGCAUCUUCUGUUCUGAUGAAAUAAUAAGAUAUUUAGUAUUUACAAAGUAAGAAGAAGAUUGUGCAAAUUCUGAAACUUGAAAACAUCUUUAUUAGUAUGGCUAGUCAUGAAAAAGACUACCUUACUAAUUGAUCAAUAAAGAAAUCACAUUUCAUAUUCA